CUAUAUAACUCCAGAGGGACCGCCCCAGGCUGACUCUCUGCUCCUUUCCAGCCAGAGCCACUGCCUUGCCCCCAGGAGACCUAAAACAUGGCACCCAAGAAGGCCAGAAGAAGGGCAGCAGCAGAGGGCGGAAGCUCCAAUGUCUUCUCCAUGUUCGAUCAGACUCAGAUCCAGGAGUUCAAGGAGGCCUUCACGGUAAUCGACCAGAACCGUGAUGGCAUUAUUGACAAGGAAGACCUGCGGGACACCUUCGCAGCCAUGGGGCGUCUGAAUGUGAAGAAUGAGGAGCUAGAUGCCAUGAUGAAGGAAGCUAGCGGACCCAUCAACUUCACUGUCUUCCUGACCAUGUUUGGGGAGAAACUCAAAGGUGCUGACCCUGAGGAUGUGAUCACUGGAGCCUUCAAGGUCCUGGACCCUGAGGGGAAGGGCACCAUCAAGAAGAAAUUCCUGGAGGAGUUGCUCACCACGCAGUGUGACCGCUUCUCCCAGGAAGAGAUCAAGAACAUGUGGCAGGCCUUCCCCCCUGACGUGGGCGGCAACGUAGAUUACAAGAACAUCUGCUACGUCAUCACGCAUGGCGACGCCAAGGACCAGGAGUAGGGGGUUCUCUUAGGCCUCUGCUGGCCAACGCCUUCCUGCCAGUUCGACUCCCCCACCCCGACUCCUAAUAAAUUGUACUGGUCUUGUUUCUUA